CACAAUACAUAGUGCGUGCGGCCAUCUUGCUAAUAAGUGGAUUUCGCGGACUGGGAACUCGGCGCAAAAUCCCCUCGGUUUGAAGACAAAAUCUGGCUGAUUUUCUUAGUUGUCUCGGAAGUUCGUCAUGUGAGAUAUGAAGUACUCAUUCCGUGGGUUGUGAGUGAAAAAGGGAUUUUAUUUUCGCUGUAUCGACAGUGCAAAUACGCCGUUUAUAUCGGGUCUCGCUUGAAUGGCUGGAACGGUUGCCAAGCGGCCUGUACACAAUUUUAGUCAUGUUGACCUCCAAUCCGUGAAAAAAAGGGAAGGGGAACGGGAGCACAGCGAGCAUCCUGAACGGUCAGCGUCGCAAAGAAUGGAUGAAGAUGACAUUCUUACUCAGCUAGAAGACGAUGGAUAUGCUGAACAGAGGGCUUUCAUUUUGGAUGAUCUCACCCAGAAAGUUCGCCGAGAUGGAGGCAGGUUGCCCUUCGAUAAUCGGCAUGCACUUUUCCGGGGACUGACACUUGUGUUAUUGGACCAGAACUGGGAAGUCCGUUUGAAAUGCACCCAGUUCAUUUGUGAACUAAUCCCCCAGUUUGGCCCAGAGCUGGACUCCUGUAUGGCCAUCGUAUUACCACAAAUUGUGGCCAAUCUGGGGGACAGCAGAGUCGCAAUUCGAAAAGCAGUCAUUCAGACACUGCACGUUCACAUGAAACACACGACCAAUGUGCAACAAAUUUUCACCUUUCUUGUCACCCACGGAUUACAGAGUAGAGACCCCAAAGUUCGCAUGGAAGCGACGAUUCAGUUGCCUGUGCUGUUAACUCGGGAGUUUGCCUCAGUAGAUCUGUCGAGCGUCACUCAUGCACUGGCCAAGAAAUUUUGCGAAGAUAAUGACGAAACUCUGAUUGACACUGCUGGAAUUUCACUGGAAAGAAUAAGAACCUUAGUUGGUAAACAGCAGUUUGAUUCCUACAUUCAGCAGCUGCCUUCACGGGAUAGAAAUGCAUACAACCAACGUGUAGUUAGUGCCGUUAGACCAGGAAACUCUGAAAUACACAGACCUACACCGGAUGAAUCCAGUCCCAGCCAUAGCAAGGAACCAAAGUUUGGAUCAAAUUCAAGAAGACAAGGGGAAACUGAAAACGGAGAGCGAUAUGAAUUUGGGGUCAUACCAAAGCACGUGAUGGACCAAUUAUUGGAUCAGACACAGUGGAAAACAAGAGCGAAUGGGGUACAAGAACUGAAGACCAUAAUUUCUUCAUUAGAUGAUGCUUCACGUAUUGUGCCACACAUGCUGGCUUUCAUAAGCUUUCUCUGCAAUCUUCUCGAUGAUGUCAAUUUCAAAGUGACCCUCUUGACCUUGGAAAUCUACGGCGUGUUGGUCACCAAGCUCAACACGGGCAUCAAACAGUUUCUGAAACCGCUAAUUGCUGCACUCACAAAACGAUUUGGUGACAACAAAGUGGUCAUCCGGCAGGCCAAUAUGAAAGUCCUCAUGCAGUUGAUGCACGUGCUGACCCCGCGAUCGGUGGUUAGCGCCAUCGGUGACAGUCUCAAACAUCGCAAGUCAGGCGUGCGCGAGGAAGCACUGAAUAUCAUCAUUGCCUCGCUGCUGACUUUCCCAAGCUACGACUUUGACCUUGCAAAGCUGUGCCAGAUGCUGGCUCCCACGCUCGGGGAUGCCAAGCGUCGGGUCCGACAGGCUGCCUUGGAAUCAUUCGCAGUGCUCGCUCAGGCCAUGGGACCAAGCAGAAUACAACCGCUCAUCCAUGCCGUUGACCAAAUAGAACUCCACAUGGAUGAAGAGGGUGUGAUGAAAGCGGUGCAGGCAAGACUUGCCCGCCGCCGUUUACCCAGACUGAAUGAUGAUGGCCUAGUAGAAUACGCAACUGCUGUCCCUACAUCAGCAACAAGCAGAACCAAUCCUGGCGUAUCCAAAGAUAAUGACAUUCAAUGGAUAAUGAAAGGAACUGGGAGUACUACCACAGGUAGUGCCAGGGAGCGAAGUCACGUAGAUCCUAGGAGUCUAGAGCUAUCACAACCCUCGCCGACGCGUGCCAUCCCUGGACAGGGAGGCAAUCAAGAAACCUCACCACCCAAGAGAUACUUCAGUGCAGGGAAGGGGCGGGGCAAACUACCUUGGGAGGACGAGACUGAUUUGCCAUUUGAGCAAGAGGAGAAUAUGCCGCCUGCAAACAGUGUCAGUAGGACACAUGUUAUCAGCAGUGCUCCAACGCAGAAGAAGCGCGAUGAAGAGAAGCCGCCACCAAUCCGAGCGCGUAACACGUGGGAUGGAGCCGAGGAGACACAAGACGUGGCCCAGGACCGGCGUCGACCUCUCACCUUACAGCUAGCACCUACAGAUACAUCCCCUGACACAAACUACGGGAUGGCCGGCUCUUAUCGUCAGAUCCAUCUUGACAAAUUGAAGCGCCAGUCCCUCGCGGCCUACCCGGGCUCAAGAGGGAGCCCCAGUGACGAGCAACAAGGCAGCAUGAGUGCGCCAGCCACCGAGAGAGACUGGAGUCCCUGGCGGAUCAAGGAGGACAACAGACCAGAUGAAGACAACAUCUUUGGUGGUCACGACCCUUUCGCAGGCAACACCGCCACGAUCCUCAAGAAGCGCCCCAGCCUCAGGCACGAGACCGAAGACCCCGAGGUCAGGCAGCAGCCAGCAGACAAGUACGUCUCGUCGUUUGGGUCAGGCCACCUGAGGGAGAACGGCACCAUGGGCGGGGUGGGUGUGGGCUCCAGGGGUUAUCGGAAGAGCCUGUCCAACUCCUGGCCUGAGUCUCACUUUCUGCCGGACGAAGGGUCAAAGAGCAAGAAGAAGGUCAACCAUCGGGCUGAUCCUGCCAAUCUCCCAGACUGGUCCCCAGAGUAUGAAACUAAGAAGCCCAAAGGCAUAGCCAUGGCCUCGCCCAUCCCACUCAAGCCCACACUGGCCCGGUCGGCCGGCCGCAGGGGACAGGGCAGGACCAUACUGGACCCCCUGGACAGGAACCAGGUCUACAAGGGUGUGGACGAUAUCGAGGACCUGGACCUGACCACGUAUGCUGAUGACUUUGAGUUGUCUGAUGAAGACAGUGAGCCUGAUAUGAGCUCCCUGCAAAGUGUCCGCAGUAGCGCGGCCAAGAAGCGUGCGGAGAAACUGGCAUCGCGCGACCCAGACAGGCAGUCACUGUCCAACAACAACCUCUCCUCCACGAUCUCCCCGUUAGAUGAGAGCGGCUUCUUCAGUAUGUUCUCCACCAUGAACAGCAGUAAAGUGGAGGACUCACUGGACAGGUACCCCGUCUCCAAGAGGAAAGGAAGAAAGUCCAACACCGACGUUCCCUUCAGCACCAAACCCCGAAUGGCCCGAUCCUCCUCUGGCAAAGGAAGUCGUAAGAACUCCUUCGAGCAUCCCGAGGACUCUCCGGACCCUAUUCCCUUCGAGUACAGCCCGUCAUCGGGGGUCACGUUCCGCGACAAGCCCACGUCGGAUGUCAGCAUCGUUGGCCAGGGGUACAACAGCAGCAACGGCCGCAGUAACAACAGCAGCAGGACAGAUUCGCCGCCCAUCCCGACGCACGCCAACAAGGCACAGAAUGGGCGGGACAGGAGACGCCAACAAAAAGGUCCCCUACUGUCGCCACUCUCCAUGGCCUCAAUGCACCAUCCAGGAGCAAUAGAUCUGGAUGAUAAGAACAACAGUGUCGGAGAGGACUUGGCCAUGGUUAUUGGGAAGAAUGUUUUCAACGGGAAGAACGCCGGCACAGACGCCUCACCGGUAGCCAAUCAGAGGAAGAAGAGUGAGCCGGGGCCAGCUAGACAACCUGUGGGCGGGGUCAAAGGUCACCAUCAUUACCGACUGGAGUCCAGCUCGGGAGACAGCGACAGCCAAGAAGGGAAUGAGGAAGAGGACGCAUACAACAUUGCCAUGUCCAGAGCACUCCAAGACAAGAUGGCUGAGAGGCAACUGGCUCAGAAGAAGGAGGCGGAACAGCGACAAGCGGAGGCCCAGGCCCUCAGGGAGAAAGCCCAGCAGGAGCGGGAGGAACGACGCAAAGCCAUGGAGGCCGAACGCCGACAAGCCAUGGAAGAAGAACGGGAAGCCCAGCGCCGAGCUGAGGAGGAACGCGAGGCAAAGCGACGGGAGCUAGAAGCAGAGCGGCAAGAGAGGAGACGGGUCUUGGAAGAGAAGGCGAAGAAGAGGAAAGAGGCCGAGGAGAAGCGGGAGGCAAGGCAGCGAGCUUUGGAGGAGGAACGCAAGGAGGCGUUCCGGAAGGCCAAGGAGGAGGAGAGAGAGAGGGCCAGACAGAAGGCAGAGCAGAGACAGAGAGAUAAGCUCAGACAUCUAGAGUUGGAAAAUAACAACACGGCCACAGAUGUAUCUGGUCUACAGAUAUCUGGAUCCAACCCAUCCAACUCUGCGGCCAGCCCCAUUGACCUUGAGUCAGUUACUGAGAUGGAGACAGGGGCUGAAGCCCCCUCCAGUCCCACCAAGGUUGUUGGCAAACCUCCAGUGGCUGGGGUCACCCCCAAGAAGAAGAAACCCAAAUCUCCAACGGAGCCUAAGUCGCCCAAGCACCACCCACUGGGACGGAGUAUCUCUGGAGGCUCACAGUCCAGCACGCUGAACUCAUCCCUCCAUGAAGCCAGUAACGGAGACGUUGCGGAGAUGAGACCGUUCAAUCACCCGGACAAGGCACUACAGGAUGCCUUGAAACUGCUUAGCAAUGAAGACUGGGAGACCAAGCUAGACGGGCUGCAUAUGGUGCGCAGGCUUUCGUCCUUCCAUCAGGAGGAGGUCAUAGCUCAAAUGCACACGGUGGUUGUGGCCGUACUGAGCGAAGUGAAGAACCUUCGGUCUUCCGUCUCCAAGAUGGCUAUCGCGUUAAUUGGGGAUAUGUUCCAAGAUCUACAGCAGGCUUUGGAUAAGGAGCUAGAGCAGAUCUGCAAGAUCUUGAUCCCUAAGGCAGGGGAGAGCAGCGCCUUCAUCCGGGAAGACGUAGACAAGGCCCUGGACUCCAUGGUGCAGAAUGUCAGCCCACAGAGGGCGCUAGGAGCGAUCAUCAGUGCCGGUGUCAGCCACAAGAGCCAAGUGAUACGUAAGACUGCAGCCAUGCACCUUAACACAUUGGUAGACAGGAUGGGACCGGGGCGGUUGCUCAGCGGAGUCAAGGACAUCACGGACAAGAUACUACCAACUGCCGCUCGCUUGGCACUCGACAACGGCCAGGAAACCAGGUUUUAUGCCCGCAAGAUGCUGUUCUCCAUGAUGCAUCACGAGUCGUUCAACAAGCUGAUAGAGAAGUACGUGCCAGCAAAGGACCUGAGGGGCCUGAGAGAAGUGCUGGACAACCUCAGACUAAAGGGCACUGGGGAUUUGCCUCAAGACAGCUCCUCGGCUCGCGUCCGACGGAGCCACUCCAACACACGCAACAAUUCCGGCUCCAGCCCAGCCUCUAGGGAGAAGGUAGACUCUGCAGGCAGUGAUCAUGCCCUGUCCAGCUCCAUGCGACGGACCAAUCGAAUCUCAUCCCGCAGCUCAGAGGCCAAUCAGGAGACGGUCAAGGACCUAUGCAAAUUGCUGUCGGCUGCUGAUUGGACCGAGAGACUUCAGGGAAUCACCCAAGUGCAAGAGAUAGCCGAGACCAACGCGGAACUCAUCACUGCCAAUAUUGUCAAGAUCUUUGACAACUACACCUCCCGACUGACCGACUCCAACAGCAAAGUGAACCAGGCAGCACUUCAAACCAUGCUGAGUAUGGUACCCAGACUCGGCGAAUACCUCGGCGCUGUAGUCACGGGAGUGGUGCCUGUUGUGUCUGGUAACCUAGCUUCUAAGAAUGCGGUUAUAUGCAAAACGAGUGAGGAUAUACUGGACAGCAUUAUAGAGCACGUUGACAAGAUAGUCUUGAUUCAGCCGUUCUCCUCCGCCACACAGUACGGCAAUGCCAGAGUCAAGCCCAAGAUGGUCGAAAAGCUGGCAUAUCUUUCAACCCAGGUGUACCCCCGCAAGCAGCAGACGGUGGUCCGCAACGUUCUCCCAGUCCUCUGGCAUCUUCUGGGCAGCCUGACGGGCAGUGGCAAGGUACCAAGCGGAACUGGUAACCUACGGGCAUCUGUCGUCAAACUGGCUAAGGAGUUACACAGCGUCAUGGGUGAGGCGCUGGUCCAGCACGCUGGUAGCCUGCCCCCUAGGCAACGCAACACCUUGAUGGAGAUUCUCGGUGUAUGACACCAGUGUUACCAAACGUACAUAUGUAGAUAAACAGGCAAACAAAAGCAAAAUAUAUUUAUAUAUUGCAAUAUAUUAUAAAUUUUAAAAAUUUUCUUGAAAUAUUUGAAAGUGUUGAUGUGAUGAGAAGCUAUUGUGUUCCUUUAAGUAUUCAACUUAGUUACGUUGUUGUUUCAUUCACCUUUACAAUCAACUUACUUUAUUGACUACCUCUACAAACAAAACAGAAUCAAAUUUGUAAUGAUACAAUGUUUUCCUUCGAAGCCAGUUGAGAAUUUGUUAAGCUGAAAAGAGUGAUUGCCUUUGUGUUUCUAUUAGACUGAUAAGCAACACGUGUGUUAAUACAAGAUAAGCUUUAUCUGAAAUUUGGUUUGCUUGCUUCAUCCAAUCAUAGGGCCUUUGUUAGUUUGUACUAAAAGUACCGCCUUGAACAGCCUUUCCAUGUUCACGUUUUUAAGCUCUGGCAGGUUUGUCUAUUUCGAAAAUUGACCAAAAUAAGCCCGAUAAGUUUUCCACAAAAUAUCUGCCAAAUUUUAAUUUUCAAAACUUAAAAAGCCAACAAAAUAAAUUAAAUACUUAAUGA